AUGUCUGAAAACUCCAGUGACAGUGAUUCAUCUUGUGGCUGGACUGUCAUCAAUCAUGAGGGUUCUGACAUAGAGACGGUGACUUCAGAAAAUGGAAGCACAAAUGAUAACCAUGAGUUUGUUUCAGAAGAAUAUGUUUCUUUGCAAGAAGAGGAGCAACCAAUUGAUUUGCAAGCUCAGUGCAACAACAAUGGAGAGAUACCAGUCGUAGAUAAUACUCUCUCUGCUUUUGAGGAAACUCGGACAGUUCCAGAGAAAAUCCCCGAUGAUGGGUCCUGCAUUGGUACUAUUAGUGAUGAUUCUGACAUUGUUACACUGGAAGCUCCAAAACCAGAUGAAACUCAAAGUCAGGAGGAAGCUCCAGCUGAUGGUGAAGAAGCUCAAGGUUCAGAGGACUUUAACAUGGGUUCUUCCUCUAGCAGUCAGUAUGCGUUUUCCCAUCUAGAAACUGUUUUUUCAUCUCAGGCUAGCAAUGAUGAAUCAAGUAGUGAUGAAACUAGCAAUCAGUCCAGCCCCACAGUACGAAAACGUCGGGCUAAGAAGAGGCUGGUCUCUAGCUCCGAGGCUGAGGGUGGGUCACCUGCUGAAAUGGAGUCUGAACCUCCCAGAGAAGAGCAGCACAAACGCCAGUUCAGUAGUGGUCUUAACAGGUGCAUCAUACUAGCUUUGGUGAUUGCAAUCAGCAUGGGCUUUGGACACUUCUAUGGUACCAUACAGAUCCAGAAACGUCAGCAGCUGGUGACAAAGACACGUGAAUUAAAGGAUAUGAAAGAUGACCUUUACCAGUGCCAACAAGAGCAAGGAGAUAAAGUGCAUUAUAAAUCACUCAAGGGAGAUCUUGCCACAUGUUUGACCUCUACUGAGGUGGAGAAGAAAUCCUUUGAAUCUCAAAAAAAAAGUCUUGCUGCAGAAAAUCAGCACUUAAGAGAAUCUCUAGAGAAGGAAGAAAAAGCAUUGGCCUCACUUCAGGAAGAAUUAAGGAAGCUAAGACAACAAAUUAGAAACUUAGAAGAUAAAGGUACUAGCACUGAGUCUAUUGUAAUGGAAAAUCAGAAACUACGGGAACAUUUGGAAGAGGAAAAGCAAAGAAACCACAACUUUCUUAGGCAAAAGGAAACACUCUUUGCAGAGGCACAGAUGUUAAGGAGAGAACUGGACAAAGAACGUCAUGUUACAGAAGCUCUAAAAAAAGAACUGGAACAGUUAAGUUCUCGUCAAACACCUGACAAUACUGAUGAUGAUACAUUAAGAGAAAAUCAAGAAAUAGAAACUCUGCGAGGAAGACUAGCAGAACUAGAAAAAAAGCUAAACUUUGAGCAGCAGCGCUCUGACUUAUGGGAGAAGCUGUAUGUUGAAGCGAAAGACCAAACUGAAAAACAAGAAAUGAAUGAAAAGGGACAAAAGAAAGGUGCUAAAGGGCAAAGUAAGGCUAAAAAGAAAUCAAAGGAAUCAUUUUUUGGUUCAGUUAAAGAAACUUUUGAUGCUAUGAAAAAUUCCACAAAAGAGUUUGUAAGACACCAUAAAGAAAAGAUUAAGCAGGCUAAAGAAGCAGUGAAAGAAAACCUGAAAAAAUUCUCUGAUUCUGUAAAGUCGACAUUCAGACACUUCAAAGAUACCACAAAAAACAUCUUUGAUGAAAAGAAGAAGUCAAAUGAUAAAAGACACGAGGCAAACAAGAAAGCUCGAACUUUUUACCGAGAACAUAACUCUUACGAGAAUCUGAAGCACAUGCAUUACAGGGGACCUAACAUGCCAAAAGAAUUCAAAGAUGGAAGAAAACAUCAGUUUACAACAUUUGAAAAAUAUACAGAUUCACACAAAUGCAUCAGUGAUCCUUUGUGUAAUAGAAAACAUCAGUUUGUCUUAAAGGGUUGCUCUGGUAUUUUUGAAUGUGCUCGUCAAGAAUUCAUUAGUCUCUUCAACAGAGUGUCGGAUCCUAUCAGGGUGGAUGAAUUUAAUCGGCUAAUGAAAAAGUAUUUGCAACAAGUUGUACAUAAUUUUCAUCACUGGAGAGAACUAGAAAAUUUCGUCAAUAAGUUUUUUCAUAAUGGGGUAUUUAUACAUGACCAGAUGCUGUUCACUGAUUUUGUUAAUGAUGUCAAGGAUUACCUUGAAGAUAUGAAGGAAUACCAAAAUAAUAAUGAAAAGGUUUUUGAGGAUUUGGACAAAUACAUCUACAGAUACUACUUUCAUUAUGAUAAUUUACCCCAAUAUGGACCCAGUCGACCUAAAAGGCCUUCUUUUACACAAACUGAAAAUUCCAGACAUGAAAAACAAGCUCAGAAGUACCACCACCGUAAUAAAAGAGAAGGUAAAUGGCAUAAACAUGGUCGCACUAAUGGAAGACACAUGGCAAAUCUUGAAAUAGAAUUGGGGCAAUUACCCUUUGAUCCAAAAUAUUGAGUAAUUUAUGGUAAAAAUAAGAUUAGAAUUAAUAAUUCACAUCCUCUCCAGAAACUAACUGUUUUUCAACAAAGCGGCAAGAUGCAAGUUUUUUCUCCAAAUAAUUUUGAUUUUUACACAUCUUUGUUAAAAGGCAGAAGUCAAGCUUUCUAAUUUGCGUAUUCUGUACUGUUGCUUUAACUGUUCUUUGGAAGUGAUGUUAGUUUGGGUGCCAGCAGUAUUGUUGCAGAAACCAGGCAUGCAAUGACUUGUGUAUGAAAAAUAUGCUUAAUUGCAUUCCAUUAGUGUAGUUCAAGCUUGAGUCAUGCAUAAUGCACCAAUAAUUAACUCCAAUGUUUGAUAUACUAACUUCAUCUCAUUCUUCAAAAAAUAGGUCUACAUUAUGUAAUGUAUUUGUUAGUGUUUUGUAAUCUUAUACUUGCUUCUUGUCUUUUGGGGGGGGGGGUUCAAGAGCCUGUUGAAUUGUGAAGAAUUUGCUGUGCUGCAUUCUAAUCAGCUUGCUGAUUUAAGCACUUGAAAUGUCUUGCCUAUCUGCAUAUUGUAGAAGAAAAAUAAAAGAGACAUUAUGGAUAAAAGUCUUUAUUUAUAAAACAAAGCUAGCAUAGCUGUACAGUUC